GUUAUCACGUGACGUAUUAUACACGCGCCGCCCGGUGUUCUCCUACGUGUUUUGUAAACAGUCGUGUUUCUGGAUUAAAGAAAUCCGUUUAUUUCUCUCAAUGGACGAAGAAUACUACAGCAAUGUUGGAGAAUGGGAGGGACAGGACGGCAACAUGGAUGGAUACGGGGAUGCUGAGGCUGAUGGCAAAGUUCAGGAGGACUGUCUGCAGAAAUUCUCCAGCAGAGACUACAUCAUGGAGCCCACCGUGUUUAACACUUUGAAAACGUAUUUCCAGGCAGGUGGUUCACCUGAGCACGUCAUCCAGCUGCUCUCAGAGAACUACUCUGCUGUUGCACAGACGGUCAAUCUUUUAGCGGAGUGGCUCAUUCAGAUGGGUGUGGAGCCCGCGCAGGUGCAGGAGCGUGUAGAGAAUCAUUUAAAGAGUCUCUUGAUCAAACACUUUGACCCUCAGAAAGCAGAUUCUAUUUUCACCGUUGAAGGAGAGACACCAGCAUGGCUGGAGCAGAUGAUAGCACACACAACAUGGAGAGAUCUGUUCUACAAACUGGCUGAGGCACAUCCAGACUGCCUGAUGCUCAACUUCACAGUCAAGUUGAUUUCAGAUGCAGGAUACCAAGGAGAGAUCACAAGUGUGUCCACAGCCUGUCAACAGUUGGAGGUUUUCUCCAGAGUCCUGCGAACCUCUCUCGCCACACUCCUGGAUGGAGGAGAACAGAAUCUGGAGAAAAAUCUGCCUGAAUUUGCUAAGAUGGUGUGUCACGGUGAGCACACGUACUUGUUCGCUCAGGCCAUGAUGUCCAUCCUUGCUCAGGAGGAGCAGGGCGGCUCUGCAAUGCGGCGAAUUGGACAGGAAGUACAGAAAUAUGCCCAUGAGAGGGGACAUGAUGCCAGUCAGAUCACAUUAGCGCUGGGCACUGCUGCUGCAUAUCCACGUGCAUGCCAGGCUCUUGGUGCCAUGCUGUCCAAAGGGGCCCUGAACCCAGCAGACAUCACAGUCCUGUUCAAGAUGUUCAGUAGCAUGGAUCCACCUCCUGUAGAACUGAUCCGAGUUCCUGCCUUUUUGGAUCUGUUCAUGCAGUCACUAUUUAAACCCGGAGCUAAAAUCAACCAGGACCACAAGCACAAAUACAUCCACAUCUUAGCGUACGCUGCUAGUGUUGUGGAAACAUGGAAAAAAAACAAGCGUGUGAAUAUAAAUAAAGAUGAGCUGAAGUCGACCUCAAAAGCCAUUGAGACGGUUCAUAAUCUCUGCUGUAACGAGAACAAGGGAGCUACUGAGCUAGUAGCAGAACUCAGCACAUUAUACCAGUGCAUUAGGUUUCCAGUGGUAGCGAUGGGAGUGCUGAAGUGGGUCGACUGGACGGUGUCUGAGCCUCGUUACUUCCAGCUACAGACGGACCACACGCCUGUCCACCUAGCACUGCUGGAUGAGAUCAGCACAUGCCAUCAGCUUCUCCAUCCUCAGGUGUUACAGUUGCUCAUCAAACUGUUCGAGACGGAGCACUCACAGCUUGAUGUCAUGGAGCAGAUGGAGCUGAAGAAGACCUUACUGGAUCGUAUGGUUCAUCUAUUGAGUCGAGGUUAUGUUCUUCCAGUGGUCGGCUACAUCCGCAAAUGUCUUGAGAAGCUCAACACAGAUAUUUCACUCAUCAGAUACUUUGUUACAGAGGUUCUAGACGUGAUAACCCCUCCAUAUACCUCAGACUUUGUCCAGCUGUUUUUGCCCAUCCUAGAAAAUGACAGCAUAGCAGGAACAAUCCGCACUGAGGGAGAACAUGACCCUGUAGCGGAGUUCAUUGCUCACUGCAAAUCCAACUUCAUUAUGAUGAACUAACCUUCAAAAUUAGAGGGAUGUUUGAAAAGUGAAAGGAUCAACUGGUAGGACCGGAGCACCCAAACUGCUAAUUUCAGUGCACAUAACUGUUGUGUUGAGCUUUUCAAAGAAAGUAUUGACAUGAGUGGCGAAGUUCGAAAGUGUGUUUUUGAGGUCAUAACUUGUAGAGCCUCUAUUUUGCUUAGAAACAAUUUGUGAUGUUGGUUUUUCUUUUUGUACAUUGUAAUAAUUUUUAUUAAACAUGAUUGUACUAAGUU